AUGGCUACUAAGUACUUUCAUUUUAGAUGGAAAAUUGGUGGUAUAUUGGUGAGUGAAGUGGGGCCUACUUUUGUUGGGGGUAGGACAGAACAUUCUUUUAACAUUGAUUUUGAUCAUUUGUCUAUUCCUGAGCUAGUACAUCUUGCUAAAGAAUUUGGGGUGAUUAAUUUAGGGACCACUUAUAUUGCACCUAAGGGGGGAUGUGGGCCUGUCAGCCAGCAUGUGAUUGGUGGGGCUGGUGAUAAUUUAUCAAAGCCAAAUGGGGAUAGGGAAUCUGCCAGUUUAUUUAUUCCCUAUCCACCACUAGUUAAUACAACACCAACUACAAGUCUAGAUCUAGAAAAUCCUUCUUCUCCAAACUGUGUUGAAGGGGCUGAAGCAAAUACCAGUGGUGCUUUUGCUAGUAGUGAUUUUGCUGCUAAGAAUCCCACUGGUGAUGUAGACAAUUCUGAGGAAGAAGAUGCAGUAAAUGGGUCUGAUUCUGAACUGUCUGAUGAUUAUGGGAGUGAUGUUCAUGAAGAACUUAGGGUGGUGAGAGAAGAUUUAAGAGAAUACAAAAAAAACAAAGCUACUAGGGCUGCUAAGGAUAGACCAGAUGGGUUUUUAGGUGAGGCUGAAGUGGAUGAAGGUUAUGAAGACAUUGAUAGUGAGAGAACAAAUCUAAGGGGUUAUUUGGGAGGUGAUGAUGAUGAGCCAUAUUAUGACUCAUCAGAUGUAGAUAGUUUUGCUUCUGAAUCUGAGGGUGAAGAUGUUAGUGAUGAUGAACAAGUUGAAGGAGGGACUGAAUUGAGGGCAAGGAGGAAGACAAAUAGGGUUGUGUAUGAUCCAGAUUGUGAGAAAGUCAUUUGGCAGGUUGGUCAAGUAUUUCAAAAUGUCAAAGAAUUCAGAGAAGCUUUGACCAAAUAUGCUCUAAAGAAAGGUGUCCAGCUGGAUAAGAAGAAGAAUGACACAAGAAGGGUGAGGGUGAAGUGCAAAGAAGGUUGUCCUUGGAUGAUAUAUGCUAGCAAGGAAAGUAGGAGUACAAACUUCACAGUCAAGGCCUACAAUCCUAGACACAAAUGCCAUUGGACCAACAUCAACUUCCUUUGCAAUUCUAAAUUUCUGUCCAAGCAUUAUAAGGAGAGAAUCACUUCCCAACCUACAAUUAAAGGGUGGGAAAUACAAGACUUGGUUAGGAAAGAUUUUGGUAUAUAUGUUGGGAAAUCUGUCUGUUUGAAAACAAGGAAGAUUGUUUUGAGAGAAGUCAUGGGAGAUCAUAUUGCUGAGUUUGGUAGACUCUUUGACUACAGGGAUGUGCUGCUACAAACUAAUCCUGGCAGCACAUGUGUUGUGAAUGUAAUAGACAAGGAAGAUGGUAACAAAGAAUUCAAAAAUUUCUAUAUUUGUUUCGCUGCAAUGAAAUUGGGGUUCAUGGGAGGUUGUAGGAGGUGUAUAGGCCUAGAUGGUUGUUUUCUGAAGGGUAUUUGCAAGGGCCAGUUACUUGUAGCAGUUGCUAAAGAUGGAAACAAUCAAAUGUUUCCAAUAGCAUGGGCUGUUACUGGAACUGAGACAAAGGAUACAUGGAGAUGGUUUAUGAGAAUCCUCCAGGAUGACUUGCAACUUGGAGAUGGGACUGAGGUCACUAUAAUUAGUGACAUGCAAAAGGGUCUGGUUAGUGCUGUUGAAGAAGUACUUCCUGCUUGUGAGCACAGAAUGUGUGCUAGACACAUUCUGUCUAACUGGGCCCAAAAUUGGAGAGGUAUUAAGAGGAGGAAAAAAUUCUGGAAGUGUGUUAGGUCAACAUUUGAGGCAGAACUGAAAACCAGGCUGAAUGAGUUAGAUCAGUUGGGUAGGGGUAUUGUUGAAGACCUUAUUUCAUACAACAAAGAAAGGUGGUGCAAAGUGUAUUUCAAAGAAUUUUCAAAAUGUGAUAGUGUGGACAACAAUAUGUCAGAAUCUUUUAAUGCUUGGAUACUGUCAGCUAGACACAAGACAAUUGUGUCAAUGUUAGAAGAAAUUAGAAUCAAGGUGAUGAAUAAGAUAGCUAAGAUGAGGGCAUUUUCUGAAACUUGGGUUGAUGGGAUAUCACCAAUGGCAUUGAAAGUGUUCAAUGUUAAUGUUGAGAAGUCAAUGAACUGUACACUUCACUGGAAUGGAGACUGUGGCUUUGAAAUUAAAGAGGGGUUAGGUACUCAUAUUGUUCAACUGGCAAGGGAAUAUUGCAGCUACAGGUCAUGGCAACUAAAAGGUAUCCCUUGUGCACAUGCCAUAACAGCUAUGCACUAUAGGAGAAUUGAUCCAAGUGAGAAUAUUGUACAUUGGUACAGACAAGAGACCUAUUUAAGGGCUUAUUCUCACUUCAUACAGCCUGUUCCAAGCAUGAUUAUGUGGCCAGACAGUACAAACCCAAAGAUAGAGCCUCCGGAAGUCAAACAAAUGCCUGGCAGGCCAAGAAAGUGCAGAAGAAAGGAGAUAGGAGAAGUGAGAAGGGCUGGAAAGUUGACAAAAAGAGGGAUAGCCAUGACAUGCUCUGGUUGCAAGUCUAGUACACAUAACAUAAGAAGUUGUCCUUCAAGGCCUCCAACUGCAUCAGCAACAACUUUUGCCCCUUCUAGGAGGAAAUACUCAGUGCCACCAACUGCAUCAGCAACUUCCAAGAGCAAAUACUCAAGGCCACCAACUGUUGAUGCAACUUCCAAGAGGAAAUACUCAAGGCCACCAAAAGCAGCAAGAUCAACAAGAGCAGCAAAUGCAGGAGCAACUGCUCCUCCAACUACACCAGCAACUUCCAAGAGGAAAUACACAAAGCCACCAGUCCCUCCAAGGCCUAAAGCAACUACAAAGGUUAAUGCUUCCCAGCAGUCAUCAACUGGAAGUACAAGAAAAAAUAGUGUUCAUGACACUCAAGAUGCAUCUACAAGCAUGGGAGGGGGCAGGACUAAGUACAAGAGGCCAAGGGUUGUUGGACAGGGUGUAUUUGUGUCCGAGUCUGGAUACAAAUGUGUUAAUCAAGGAAUGCCUAGCAGCAGGUUGGUGUCCACACCUAAGGCAAUGAAUUCAGCCUUGGUCACAGGUGAUAUUGGAUACAAACCCAGCAAAGGAUUUAAGUGGAAAGGAACAAAAGCAGUUAUACAAAGACAACUCCAAGUGCAAAGUGCUAAUCAUAGAAUCCAAACAAGAUCAAAGGCUCUUGGAGUUCAAACAAGAUCAAGAAAAGGAAAAUCUCCAAUGAAGUAGUCUCAUAUUUCUAUGUUUAAGCUAGCUAUUUUUUGGUGAAACUUGGAUAUGUAAGCAAACAAUGUAGCUUGGUAGUUUUUGUUGACAGUUAGUGCUACUGUCCAAUUAUUUUGCAUAUGAUAAUGACCUUGAUUUCUGACCAGAUUUUGAUGUGAAAUGGUACUGGUUACU